AUGGAAGUAGAAAAGUCUGCACAAAAGAGAAACAGUCGUGUCGCAGUUGGAUGUACUGCUUGUAGAGUCCGUCAUGUUCGUUGCGAUAAGGAGAUGCCCUCAUGCUCAGCAUGUGUAAAGGCCGGCAUCGAGUGUGAACGCGCUCUGCAGGUUCGGUUCCUCCCUGGGCUUGGUCCCUCGGCUGGAUAUGAAUUCUCAAUUGAUCAAGUUUGGGUCCGACACAGAAAGUCGUUGGAAUAUCACGAUGAAACACGUCAGGUAUCGGAGAUUUACGAGACAGAUGAAGUGCAAGACUCAGACCUAUACUGCUCUCCCGCAUCAUCAUAUUCACGCCCUGCAAUACCUUUCACAGCGCGAGAGGCCGUAUUGAUUAGAAACUUUGCCGAGAACAUGGCGCUCUGGGCCGAUGCGACUGACCUGAAACGCCAUUUCGAAUUGGAGGUCCCACGACGGGCCAUGUACUUCCCCGUGCUCCGCUAUGCAGUGUUCGCCUUUUCAUCGCAGUACGUUAAUCGCGAUAAAUUAGACGCGUCUACUGAAGCACUAGAAUACUAUGAUCACUGCUUGAGGCUUUUGAUUGAAGCAGUUGGCGAGUCUAAUGGACAUAUAGAUGAAGAGACUCUUGCCGCGAUUGCAAUACUUCGACAAUAUGAAGAGAUGGACGCCGAAGAUAUGGAAAUGCAUCUAACAGGUACAUCACGAAUCGUCAACUCUAUGUCACUCUUCGACUUCAACGGUGGCCUCGGUGAAGCCGCCGCGUGGCUUUGCCUCCGACAGGAUAUCUACGUCUCACUUACGAAACAACGACCACUGAGAUCUGACUUGGAAACAUACAUCCAGUCAGAUGUGUUUAGACGCGUAGACGAUGCAGCUUACGCGAACAGAAUGGUGUUUCUCUUGGCAAAGGCCCUCAGCUACGUGUUUCCAACAUCUUCGUCCUUUUCGAACGAAAAGCUGGACAGCAUCCGGCUAGAGGUGGAGAAUUGGUUUGACUCGAAGCCUGCUGCGUUCAAUCCGAUUCUAGAGAAUGCUAGGAACAAGGAGGAGGGAAGACUGUUGCCUGAGAUUUGGGUUCUCUCCCCCUUCCAUGUAUUACCACAUCGCGAAGAUCGUGCUGGUAAUGUCAACACCGAUCGUCACAGCAUCAGUGUUUGA